AUCCAGAGUGACGGGAGAGGGCGAGCGACAUAGACUAACAGACAGAGAGAGAGAGAGAGAGCAGCUGGAGGCGCCGGAGAGAGCUUCAGUCAGAGAGAGAGAGGAGGACGGAGGAGGAGGACGAGGAGCAUGAGGAGUUAGUGAAGAAGAGAAAGAGGUCUCGAUGGGAAACACAGACAGUCACAGCAGCAGCUUCGCCUCUCCCGCCAAGUCCUCCUGCGCGCUGAGGUUCUCCUCCAGGAGGGAGGAGGUGCCGUCGGCUCGCAGCUGGUGGAGGAGCAGCCAGGGAGGCAGCAGGAGCCGAGGGAGGAGCUCCUGGCAUUAUGAACACGCGACCAGAGUAGGCGCCAAGCUGGGAGCUGGAUCUCCUCAGAGGUUCGUCCGAGGGGAGCGGGCACCGGGCAGGAGCCAGUUUGGGUACUUGGACAAUGGCAGCGGGAGUAACGGGAGUCGUGGCGAGCGGACGACGCUGGAGAGCGGCGGCAGCCCGAAGGUGCUGCUCAGCAAAGACGGCAGCAUGAGGGUGGAGUUCACCAACGCCAGGGUCGGCACUAUGGAGCCACAAGGGCUGGCUGGCCUCCCCGCCACCGCCGCCACGUCUGCCCCGGUCGCCGACGCCUCCCUGCGCACCAGCAAAGGCAGCUCACUCAGCUCCGACGGCUCCUGGUACGACUCGCCGUGGGGGGGCGGCGGCGAGCUGGCCGACAACGUGUUCGUGUGCGGGGAGAGUGGCUACACCACGUACUCCUCCACCCGCACAGAGGAGACCGCCACCACCAGCAGCGGGUACAACACUUUCUUCUCAGCUCAGGACUCCAGCCUCGUCUUCCCCGCCACCGACACCACCGAGUUCACCUCCACCGCUGGUUACAACACCUGCUCCUCCGGCCGGACGGAGGACAGCGGCAUCGGAGACUCUGUGAUCCUGCCGGCCGACCUCAGAGACUUCAGCCUGGUUUCACCUUCCACCACCUCCCUGGACAACGUUUACUCCAGCCACAACACGCUACCUGCCUUCCCCACCACGCCGGACGCCUCCCUGCAGCAACAGAGGGCCGCCGUGUCCUCCGCGGCGCUGCUGGAUGAUGUCAUCCAGGAGGAGGAGGGCUCAGGAGGAGGCGUGGAGCAGCUAUACUCCUCCCUCACGUUACCCUGCCGCAGGGCUGAGCCUGUCAACGCCGCCGCCGCCACCGGGAACAACCGCAAAGACUUCCUGAAGAGCCGAAUCAGACGAAUCAGCGACUGGACAGGAAGUCUGAGCAGGAAGAAGAGGAGGAUCCAGGAGCCGUACGGCAGCGACACCUCCGACGUUUUCGUCAACUGUGGCACACUGUGGUCCUCCAACCCUCUCCACGCUCUGAACCAGCACCAGCUCCCAGCCGGCUCCUCCAGGAGCCUGAACCUGAACCACCAGAGCAGUGACGCCCAGAGGCAGAACAUCUACGACAACUUCAUGCAGGAGCUGGAGACGGGCUGCAGCAGCGCCGCCGACCGCACCGAGCCGUCAGAGGGGGAUGGAGACGAGGAGGAGGAGGAGGGAGAGGAAGGAGAGGAGGAGGAGAUGGACGGGGAGGUGGAGGUGAGAGGAAGCGAGCAGUUGGAUGUCCUGUUUGAGAAGGAGCAGGGUGUGGUACGACGGGCUGGGUGGCUCUCCUUUAAAGCUCUCAUCACCGUCAACAAGGACAGGAAGCUGGAGCUGGUGGCUCGCCGCAAGUGGAGACACUACUGGGUCACGCUGAAAGGUUGCACUCUGCUGUUUUAUGAGACAUACGGGAAAAACGUCAGCGCCGAUCAGGAGAUUUCUCCUCGUUACGCUCUGCUGGCCGACGACAGCAUCGUCCAGGCCGUCCCCGAACAUCCCAAGAAGGAACACGUCUUCUGUCUGAGCAACUCGCACGGAGACAUCUACCUGUUCCAGGCCACCAACCAGACCGACCUGGAGAACUGGGUGACGGCGAUCCACUCGGCGAGCGCCUCGCUGAUAGCGAAGCGUCAGGGGAAGGAGGACACACUUCGUCUGCUGCGCUGCCAGAGCCGCUCGCUGCUGCACAAGAUCGACAUGGACGGGAAGAUGAAGAAGAUGGCCGAGCUGCAGCUGUCCGUCAUCAAGGAGCCAAAGAACAGGAAGGCUGUGGAGAGCCAGAUCCAGCAGUGGGAGCAGAACCUGGAGAAACUGAAUCUGGAUCUGUUCCGGCUGAGGUGUUACCUGUCCAGCCUGCAGGGCAGCGAGCUCCCAAACCCCAAGAGCCUCCUCGCUGUGGCCAGCCGGCCCUCUAAGAGCAUGCUGGGACGCCUGGGAGUCUUCUCCGUGUCCUCCUUCCACGCCUUGGUGUGCAGCCGGGACGAGGGGACAUUGAGGAGUCGGUGUCGGACUAUGUCAGGAGGAAGCCACCGGAGGAGGGGCCUGCCGUCCUCCCUGAAGGCCCUGGAUGGACGGAAGAGACCCAGCAGGGACCGCAAACACUCCACCUCCCAGAGACUCGACUGUGCGUCCAUUCAAAGGGAGGCGGCGCCCCCUGCAGGACGUCCUGCAGCUCUGCAGGCGAGCGCCGAGCUGCAGCCUGCAGAUGUUUUCACACUCAACAUCUGUCGACUCGACGCCGACGCAGACUUUGGUUUCGCGGUGACGGGUCACGUGGACGGAGCCGGAAGAAGUCACGUGUUCGUCAGCGAGGUGGACCCGCUGGGACUGUCGGCCGGAGAAGGCCUCAGGGCAGGAGACGAAGUCCUGGCUGUGAACGGAGCCGCCGUGUCCGGACUGGACCUGGACCUGAUGCAGAGUCUCUUCAGCCACCAGAAGCUCCAGCUGCUCCUCAGGAGAGACGAGUUCUCCGACCCAGAGGAGUCCACCGCUGUCAUGUGGCCCGACCCCGGUGACCCCUGCCAGCCCCCGACACCGCCUGACCUCCAGACCUGGACCAGCGGCACCAUAAGGACCAACUCAGACUCUUCUUCUCCAGACGGCGUCCUGCUUCCUGCUUUUGACGACGUUUCAUUGAAACCGGCUGAAGACGCCGAGCUGCAGAACCAGAACGUGGACCGGGUCUACUCGCUCUACCAGACCUUCCCAGAAGGCCGAGCGGCGGAGGCUGACGUUCCCAGGAAUCCGUACGGCAGAGAGGUCGGCCUGCAGCCGGCGAGUCCCGCCCACCUGAGCGUGUGUCAGCGUCUGCGCAGAGUCAUCGAGGAGCUGGUCGCCACGGAGAAGUCCUACGUCAAGGAUCUGGUCUGUCUGUUCGACAUCUACCUGACUCCUCUUCAGACGGAGAGCUUCCUCAGCAAAGACGAGAUGGAGGCGUUGUUCGGCUGUCUGCCGGAGAUGUUGGACUUCCAGAGAGUUUUCCUUCAGACGCUGGAGGAGAGGAUCGCCUCCUGUCCGAACUUCAGCACCCUGGAAACACCUGGACAGUUCAAGAAACUCCUCUUCUCGCUGGGAGGAUCUUUUCUUUACUACGCCGACCACUUCAAGCACUACAGCGGCUUCUGUGCCAACCACAUCAAAGUCCAGAAAGUCCUGGAGAGAGCCAAGACAGACGCCGCCUUCAAACACUUCCUGGAGGCGAGGAAUCCGACCAAUCAGCACUCGUCCUCUCUGGAGUCGUACCUGAUCAAACCUGUACAGAGAGUCCUGAAGUAUCCUCUGCUGCUCAGAGAGCUGGUGUCUCUGACGGACCCCGAGAGCCCCGAGCACACACACCUGACAGAGGCGCUCCGAGCGAUGGAGAAGGUUGCGAGUCACAUCAACGAGAUGCAGAAGAUCUACGAGGAUUACGGCUCCGUGUUCGACCAGCUGGCUGCAGAGCAGAGCGGACCUCACAGACAGGUGACGGAGAUCUCGAUGGGCGAGUUCCUGGUGCACUCGUCGGUGGUCUGGUUGAACCCUCUGCCCUGUCUGGGACGCCUGAGGAAAGAACCGGAGCUCACGCUGUUCGUGUUCAAACGGGCCGUCAUCCUCGUGUACCGCGAGAGCGUCAAGCUGAAGAAGAGGAUGACCGGCGCUCGCUCAGCUGAUCUCGACCCCUUCAGGUUCCGCUGGUUAAUCCCAGUUUCAGCUGUUCAGGUCAGACCGGCCAACAUCACAGGCUCAGAGGACCCGUGUGUCUGGGAGCUGGUCCACAGCAGGUCGGAGGUGGAGGGACGACCGGAGACGGUGUUCCAGCUGUGCAGCAGUGCUUUGGAGACGAAGGCCGCCGUGCUGCGAGCUCUGCGUUCCCUCCUCAGGGAGCGAGCGCCCGUCGGCUCCCUGAGGAGGAGCAGGCUGUCCACCUCCGACAGGACGAGCUCCUGGAGGAGGAGGCAGCAGCGCUGUCGCUCCGACGCCCAGAGGACGGCUCACCGUCAGCCGGAGGGAGAGACCUGCUCUGAGCCUCUGCUGCCCAGCCACGCCGCCUCCGACUCAGCCGGGAAGAGGAGCCGGCUCUGCUCCCUGACCAGCGAGCUGGAGGCUCAGCUGCAGAGGCUGAACUUCACCGAGGAGGAGGAGCGAGGAGCGGCGGCGUCGCACUGCAGAGGAGAAGUGCUGGACCUGCUGGAGAGGGACUUCAGCGUUCAGAGCAUGAGCUCCAUGAUCAACGAGGACUGUUUCUAUGACAACAUGUUGGGAAGACAGGCCGCCGUGCCCACGCUGUAGGGCUGACGCUAACGUGCUAACGGAAACACUGAGGGACGCUUCAUGACGUCAGCGAGACGCUUCAUGACGUCAGCGAGGCGCUUCAUGACGUCAGCGGGGACGCUUCAUGACGUCAGCGAGACGCUUCAUGACGUCAGCGAGACGCUUCCUGACGUCAGCGAGACGCUUCAUGACGUCAGCGAGACGCUUCAUGACGUCAGCGGGGACGCUUCAUGACGUCAGCGAGACGCUUCAUGACGUCAGCGGGGACGCUUCAUGACGUCAGCGAGACGCUUCAUGACGUCAGCGAGACGCUUCAUGACGUCAGCGGGGACCCUUCAUGACGUCAGCGAGACGCUUCAUGACGUCAGCGGGGACGCUUCAUGACGUCAGCGGGACGCU